UGAGGUUUGUAUUGUAUUGUUUCUUUAGGAUAUAGCUGAGAGAUUUUUGUACUCUGUAGCGGUUAGAAUGGGUUCAUAUGCUGGUACUCGUGAAAUCGUAGAAGCUGGCAAAGAGUUGAAACCGGUACGACAAUCUACAGGGUCAGCCCGACCACAUUCGGGAUCACGUUUAGGUGACAAAGAUCGGAAGCCGCCUGUAUCGAAACUGGGAUACAAGGAUUCUCUUGAAGGGGAUAUUAAUCGGCUUUUCGAGUCUAUCAAGCUUAAAGGUCCACAAGGUUUAAGUGUUUCUUACCAAGGAGGUGCAAGCUCAAGCUCCUUAAAGCAAAAUGCAUCGAAGAAGCCGAUUACGGUGGGGAUGCCCCAGUCCCCGAGAAUAGGUGGCUCGGAGACGUUGUCACUAAAACAGGCAUUAAGGGAUCUUUGUGUUUCCAAGGCAUCGGAAAUGGCUGCUAUAAAAAGGAAAUCAAUGUCAAUUAGUUCUCCCGGGGUGUCUGAAGCUGGAAGGAUAAAAAAUGUGUUCAAAUCAGUUGUAGUUGAACCCGCCGGUGGAUCAGGUUGUUCCGGAGGUGAAGGUAAGAGGGGUGUGGUUGAAAUAUCUUUGGUGCCUGAAGAAAGCAAAUCAGCUUCUUCUCAAGCUCCCAAGGUAAAGCCAUUGAGUCGAAGUACUAAUUCUUCACCUCGAUUUACUCGUGCAACUACACAAAUUAGCACCGAAGCUUCUACAUCGAGUCAAACUGAUGUUUCUGCAUUGAGAAAAGCUGGAACUAGCGCACCAAAGGCUGAGCUUCAUCUGAAAGAGAAGCAUACUUUUGCAUCUUCGACAUCUUGUUCUUAUGCCGAUAAUAAUACUGUAGAACCUGACAAUAUUGUGCCUGCUUCAACCAAAUUACCAAAACGAGCAUCAACGCCAAAGUCGGGACGAAAGUUCCGGCUGUAUGCUGUUGCUUCUUCUAGAUCAAUAAAUGGCAGCAAGGUAAGCAGGAUGACGAGAAAUAUACCCCGGGUGACCAAAACAGUUGUCCGGAACAAGGGUUUGGUGAAGAAAAAAAUAAAGCCGGGUUCCUCUUCUACCACCGGUGCUGUUAAUACUUCCAACGGUGUUAACAACAGCUUGGGUUCCACUUCGAGUCAAUUAGUUUGUCAGAGAUGUCAAUGCUCUCUGAAGAGUUCAAGUAAUGAGUCUAAUCAAGAUUCCAUGAAGUCGCUUGCAUCGGCGAUUAGUGAUGAAGUUAACUCGAGUAAUGUGAAUUUUGAUGUGUGCGGACCAUCAAUGGGUGAAAACAAUUCUAACAAAAGCCGAGCCCCAAUUCCGAGGGCUAACAAGAGCCCAAACUCGAGAGACAAGGGAGAUUUCUCCCAUAGUCCGAGUAGCCUUGGUGAUAGUAGGAGCACGAGCAUCAGUGAUUACAGCAAUUUAAGUCGGUCUAGCUGUGGGAAUAGACCUCACAUGUCAAAGGAUGUAAGGUGGGAAGCCAUCCGACACGUUAAAAUGCAGGAUGGAAUCUUGGGGUUGAGACAUUUCAAUCUUUUAAAGAAGCUCGGUUGUGGGGAUAUCGGGACAGUAUAUCUUGCUGAGCUUAUCGGUACAAACUGCUUGUUCGCAUUAAAGAUCAUGGACAAUGAAUAUUUGGCAAGAAGGAAGAAAAUGAUGAGGGCACAAACCGAGAGAGAAAUAUUAAGGAUGCUUGAUCAUCCUUUUCUACCUACGUUAUUUACACAAUUCACAUCAGAUAACUUAUCAUGUUUGGUUAUGGAGUACUGUCCGGGUGGGGACCUGCAUGUCCUUCGGCAAAGGCAGCCCGGGAGAUGUUUCUCUGAGCCGGCAGCUAGGUUUUAUGUAGCUGAGGUCCUUCUUGCUUUGGAGUACUUGCACAUGCUUGGAGUUAUUUACCGCGAUUUGAAACCAGAAAACAUUCUUGUCCGAGAAGAUGGCCACAUAAUGCUUACAGAUUUCGACCUUUCGCUUAGAUGCACGGUUAGUCCUACUCUCCUGAAAUCUUCUUCGAUUCUGGAUCCUGCAAGGAUAUCCGGCCCGUGUGGAGGAUCUGGCUGCACUGAACCCUUCUGCAUUGAACACUCGUGUCAAAUCCGAUGCUUCAGUCCUAAGUUAUUGCCUGCUGCUGCAAAAACAAAGACGGCAAGACCAAACCUUGCUUCCCGUGUCAGAUCGUUGCCACAGCUUGUGGCUGAGCCUACCGAUGCAAGAUCCAAUUCCUUCGUUGGAACCCACGAGUACUUAGCUCCUGAGAUCAUUAAAGGAGAGGGGCAUGGAGCCGCUGUUGAUUGGUGGACCUAUGGUGUCUUUCUUUACGAGCUUCUCUACGGAAAGACACCAUUUAAAGGUGCAGGGAACGAUGAAACGCUGGCUAAUGUCGUGCUGCAAUGCCUUAAGUUCCCGGAUAGUCCUCUUGUUAGUGUCCAAGCCAGGGAACUCAUCCGAGGGCUGUUGGUAAAGGAACCCGAGAAUCGUCUAGGAUCAAAAAAGGGAGCUGCCGAGAUCAAGCAUCACCCUUUCUUCGAUGGCUUGAAUUGGGCUUUGAUACGAUGCGCUGUUCCACCGGAACUACCCGAGAUAUAUGAAUUCGGGGUUCCGGCCACGACGUCUCUUGAAACAAAGAACAAUUAUUUGGAAUGUAAAGCCGCCGGAGAGCACGUUGAAUUUGAGUUAUUUUGAUAAUGGAGAUUUGUUUUAGAAUAAUUGGUAUAAGAUAUUACCAGAUUUUGUCA